UGACACUCGCAUUCCUGGCCACAAGGGCAGGUUACUCACCAACUCAAGUUAAUGGCUAACUCUGGGGCAGCUCCUGCAGAAGGUGGAAGUUCAGCCAUGUGAGGAUUUGUGAGGAGAUCUUGAGGGUGGAAGCCUGCCUACCUUCUGCAGCGAAAACUGGGAGCAGUGUGGGGAAGACAGCAGCAUGAAUGGGGGCCAUGGCAGAGCACCUGGAGCUGGGAGCCCCAUGCUCACAUCCUGCUCCUCCCAGAAGCUGUGCACUUGGAUGGUGAGCUGCUGCUUAGCUCUUCAGCACCUGGCUGUGCAGACCUCCUUGCUCUGCAUCUUCCACCUCCUCCUGCUGCCCACACUGCCCCAGGAGCCACCUCAUGCCCAGACCACCAGCAAGCUGCUGGCACGAAGCCUCUUUGCCUGCGGCAUCUCCACAGUGCUGCAGACCACCCUGGGGAGCCGGUUGCCGCUGGUUCAAAUCCCAUCCUUUGAGUACUUGGUCCCUGCCAUGGUGCUGAGCUCCCACCUGUCCCCUCGUGCCAGCACAGACAGGAACGGUACAGCCAUGGCCAGUACAUGCCUUGUACCUCAGUGCAGAGACACAGAGAGCUGGGCUGACUCAUUGCAAGAGGUCUCUGGAGCAGUGCUGAUCUCUGGGCUGAUUCAGUUCAUGCUGGGACUGUCUGGCAUGUGUGGGUGGGCAGCAUGGCACUGCGGGCCCAUGGUCCUGGCCCCCAGUCUCUCCAUCAUCGGGCUGUCUGCAUACAAGGAAGCUGCUUUCUUCUGCUCCACUAACUGGGGUGUAGCACUGCUGCUCAUGCUCCUUGCUGUCACCUGCUCCCAACACCUGCGGUCCUGCCGUCUGCCCUUCUGUGCCUGGCCCCAUGCUUGGGAGGGCUCCACAGAGUAUUCAGUUCCCACCCUGCGCACAUUCUCGGUACUGCUCCCAUUUGCUGGUGUCUGCACUGUCUGCGCCAUCCUCAGCUGCUUCCACAUUCCCUGGGAAUUACUGGAUGUGACCAUGGCACAGCUUUCCUGGGCCAACAGCACCUUCAAUGCCCCUUGGAUCAGCAUUCCCUAUGCAGGAGAGUGGAGGUGGCCACUGCUCACCCCCCGGGCGCUGGCGGUGGGCAUCGCCAUGGCCAUCGGCUGCAGCAUGAACUCUGUGGGCUGCUAUGUGCUGUGUGGGAGGCUGCUGCGAGUCCCCCGGGUACCCCCUCAUGCCUGUAACCGGGGGCUUUGCAUGGAAGGGCUGGGCAGCCUCCUGGCAGGACUGCUGGGCACCCCAGGGGGCACGGCCUCCAGCAUUGCAAACACCUGUGCCACUGGCCUCACGCAGGCUGGCUCUCGCCUCUCAGUGCAAGUAAGUGCCCUGGUGUGCAUGGUGUUGGGCAUGUCUCCGAGGCUGGCAGGGCUCCUCACCCACAUCCCACUGGCAGUUCACGGAGGGGUGCUUUGUGUAACCUACGCCGUGGCUGUGGGCACGGGGAUCUCCUACUUCCAGUACACAGACAUUGACUCAGGGAGGAACAUCUUCAUUGUUGGCUUUACCAUGUUCAUGGCACUGUUGUUACCGCGGUGGUUCAGCACAGCUCCGGCUCCCCUGGCCACAGGCUGGGUGCCACUGGACCUCCUCUUCCUCUCCCUGCUUAUGGUCCCUGUCUUCUUAACCGGAUUCUUGUCAUUUUUUCUGGAGAACACGGUCUCAGGAACGCUGGAGGAACGAGGGCUGCUUUCUGAGCAGCCAUGGAAAGCCAGAGCUAAAGCCAGCCAAGCAUAUCAACUCCCCACUGGGCUAAGGAGGCUGCUUCCAUCUUCCUGCAAAGCCUUUCCGUGCUACUUCCUCUGCCCAAGGAGUGAGGAAGAGGAGGAGAGCAGCUGUGGCACCGAGGAGGGGACUGCUGCCCCAGGGGAAGGGACACACCUGCUCCCCAAACCCAGCUCUGGGGAGCUGCAGCCAGCAAUAAGGCCAAGCCAGACAGACAUGCCUGCAUGGCACACUGUGGCCUGACCCUAUCAUCUGAGGGCACCUCAUGCAAAAACAAGGCUGUGCCCUCAAGGCAGCUUGUGAGCCACUUUGCUCCUCAUUUCUGAAGCCCUAGAGGACUGGAGGAACCUGAGCUUCCCCCCUUCUAACACA